CCUAACAUGGCCUCCUUCCCCGCCGAGCCUCCCGGCCGCGGCCCACCCGCAGCCCCGCCGCCCGCCCCGUCCGCGGGCAGCGGCGGAGCAGAGCCGCGCAAACUUUUGCCAACUUCGCCGCCCGCCCCGUCCGGCGCGGAGCCCGGCGCGGCUCCUCCCGCAGCAGCAGCAGCAGCUUCUCCUCCUCCUCCGGCUGCUGCCGCUGGGGCUGCUCCUGCUCCGGCCGCCGGCCUGCCGCGCUUCUCGGCCGAGCAGGUCUCGUGCGUGUGCGAGGCGCUGCUGCAGGCGGGCGACCCGGGCCGGCUGGGCCGCUUCCUGGGCUCGCUGCCGGCCGAGGAGGCGUCGCGGCUGGAGGCGUCGGGCUCGGGCGAGAGCCUGGCCAAGGCGCGGGCGCUGCUGGCCUUCGAGCGGGGCGACUUCGGCGAGCUGUACCGGCUGGUGCAGAGCCGGCCCUUCGGGGCGCCCCACCACCCCUUCCUGCAGGACCUCUACCUGCGGGCGCGCUACCGGGAGGCGGAGGCGGCGCGGGGCCGGGCGCUGGGCGCCGUCGACAAGUACCGGCUGCGCAAGAAGUUCCCGCUGCCGGCCACCAUCUGGGACGGCGAGGAGACGGUCUACUGCUUCAAGCGCCGCUCCCGGGCCGCCCUGCGCGACUCCUACGGCCGCAGCCGCUACCCGAGCCCCGAGCAGAAGCGCCGCCUGGCCCGAGACACCGGCCUCUCGCUCACCCAGGUCAGCAACUGGUUCAAGAACCGGCGGCAGCGCGACCGAGGAGGAGGAGGAGGCGGCGGCGGCGCGGCUGGAGGAGGAGGAGGCACGCCCAGCAAGAGUGAAUCUGAUGGCAACCCCAGCACAGAAGACGAGUCCAGCCGUGGUCCGGAAGAAAUCGAAGCCGUUGGGGGCCUGUCCGCCAGCCAUGAGGGAAUCGCAGCCCCCGGCAGCCUGUUCCUUCCCGGGGCCUGCACCAGCGCCUCUUCCAUCCUUCUGAACGGGAACUUCAUCACUGCCAGCUCUCCCCCUGCCAUGCUCCUGAACGGGGGCUCGGUGAUCCAGACCCCCACCGGAGGGGUCAUCCUCAACGGGCUGACCCUAGCAGACAACCAAACCAUCACGCUCAGCCCUGUGGCAGCUCCCAGCCCGCCCAUCCUCCUCAAUGGCUGUACCAGCCUGCGGAGCCCUAGGACCCCCAAGAUGGAGGAGAUGGGCAAAGUCCCCCUGGAAACCCUCUCCCCAGCCACGCUCAUCCUCAACCCAGUGGCUCUCCAGGGAGAGGUGAAGUCGGAGAACAUAGACCCGCUGGCGUUUGGGGUGGAAAUGAAGUCGGAGGAUGGGCAGGGGGCAGCUCUCCCUCCCCUCCUGUCUCUCCCAGAGACCUCCCCGCUCCUCUCCGAGCACAAGGGGGCGCUGUUGGCUGCAGUGCCCAUGCCCCAAGUGGUCCCUUCCAAUGAAGAAAGCCCCACAAUCCCCUUGUUGCCCGUAGCCCCUCAACCGGCAGCGCCCCAAAGUCCGCAGAUUGUGCCUCUUGCUAAACUGGUCCCUGUCAGUCAAGCUCUGGCCACUUCCCAGGGAACAGGGCCAGUGGGUGGUGGGCAGGGGUCCACAGUGGUGGCAUCUCCUACCAUCACUGCCACCCCCCACCUCUCUCUCCCUGGGUCCUCUACAGCCCAGGCCACCGUCCUCCACGUUUCUGCCCCAUCCCUUCUCCCGCUUACCCAGGUAUCGCCCCCUUCCCAGGUGGUCCCUCUGUCCCAGACCAUUCCCGGGGCCCAGCUACUGUCUCCACCUCAGAUGGUUCCUGUGUCUCCCACCCAGAUCUACACCAUGUCCCAUGGGGCUCCGGCACCUCAGCUGGUCUCCAUUCCUCAGGUGGCACAGGGCUCCCAGCUCAUCUCCUUGCCCCAAGUGGUGCCCACCUCUCAGGUGGUGACUCUACAACAGGGCGUGGGCAGUCCCAUCCAGAUCCUGACAAGUGCCGCCCCCAUCAAGGUGGGCCCUGUGACUGGGACCCCACAAGGCACAGGGGUCACCGGCGGCCUCGGGCAGAACAACGUCCAUCUCCUCAACACCGGUGUUGGCGUCACCGCGCUGCAGCUUCCAGGCACAGCACAAGGUAACCUUCUGCUGGCCAAUCCAGCCACCGGCAAUGGCACCAUCGUCACUGGCAUGGCUGUACAGCAAGGCAAACUGAACCUCACCGCCACCUUCCCGGCUAGCAUGCUGAUGACCUUCGUGCUCUCCGCUCCCCCAGCCUCAACCUUGACUCUUCCCAUCAAGCAGGAGGUGGCAGUAGCCACACCGGCAGUUCUGGGAGCCACUGAAGGCAACAGUGGGUUGCUUGCGGGAGUCCCCUCGGUGCUGCCGUCUGAAGUCUCCCCUCUUUCAUCCUCCAACGGUGCUGCCAGCGUGGCCUUUGGACCAGACGCCGGCCAAGGCGCUCUCCUUUCCAGCUUCUCCCAGCCAGAGACCCUGUCCAUAUCCCAGCCGCAGGUCGUGUGGUCCAACCCGGUGAGCAUGGACCUGCAGGGGAACAACUCCGAGGGGCUCUUUGAGAUGGAGAAGGGGUCAAUGGAGGAGCUCCGGCUGCCCGAGGGUGAGGGUCUUUUGCUGGCUGCUGCUGGGGGGGACCCCCUGGGUCCCGAAGCUCUGGACUCAGAUGAAAAAGUGCUUACUCAGCUGCAGUCGGUCCCAGUGGAAGAGCCCCUGGACCUGUAAGGCUCACAGUUGGUGAGUUGUCACCUUCCAGGCAACCUUCAGACUGAGAAUUUGGACCUCCUGAUCUUUCCCAGAGUAACUGAGUUUGGGAGUACUCAGUGCCUCCAUCAGAGAAGAUGCUUCCCUGCCCAUCUUUGCACAGGAAGGGUGUCGCACUACAAGGGUUCUCCGCAUGGCCCUUCAUGCUGACCACAACAAACCACUACUGGUGCGGCCAACCAGGGCGUCCCUUGGUGGUUGUCAGAAUAAGCAAACACUACAAUACACAGGAGUGCUUGACUUUCGACCGGUCAUUGAAUGACCAUGGAAAGUUAUGACGGACUUUUGAAAAGCUACUUACGACUUCUCCUCAAAGUUAUGACCAUGGUGUUCUCCCUUCUUUGGGGUCAUGUGAUCGCAUUUGGGUACCUAAUAAUCAACUCACAUUUACAACCGGUUGCAGGGGCCUGCAGUCUUGUGAUUGCAAUUUGCUGCAUUUUUGUAAGUUUCCAUCAUGUUUUUCAAAUGUUUUUGAAAAUGUUUUCCAGAAGAAUGGAUUUGCUUAAUGGCCACAUGUUUUGCUUAACAACUGUGGUGACUCACCUUACAGCUGCUGUAAAAAAAUGGUCUUAAAAUCAAGUCCAGUCAUGCAGUGCCUUGAUUUACAACCGCAACAACUGACAAUUGAAAUUCCAGUCGCAAUUGUGGUCCUAAGUCAAGAAAUGCUUCACACAGCAAAGGAAGAGCUGCAUCCAUUCCUCAUUGUGAAGGUCAGACAUUUCCUUCCAUCUCCCCUUUGAAUUUCCUUUCUACUAGACAUGCCUCUCUAUUUUCAAAGUCACACUACAUCUUGGGAAGCUGGGAAUGUCUCACUCAAUCCAGGGAAAUCUUAUGAUGCAAAGAAAUAUUUCCUGUCCUCUCAUCCAUGGUGCUAGGGAUGAUCCCAAAUCCCCAAAUUGGAGAGGCAGGAAAAUUAUCCCAUUUCCAUGCUUUCGUUCUUGGGCGUUUUUUCGGUGGCGUUGAGGACAGCCUGUCAUCCCUGAAAAAGGUCACCUCUGGAAGUAUGGAGAUAAUGAAGGGGAAGAAAACUGAGCACAUCUGGAGCGGUCCUGAUAGAUAAGUUGGAGAAGGCCAUUCUGGGUGACGAGCGUGCAAUCUUAGUUCGAAUAACCCUGUUUCAGAAUAGAUCUUGUCCUUCAGAGCAGAAAAGGGCAGCUUGGAUGUCCCUCCGAUAAACCUGCACACGUGCCUUGUUGGUGGAACAGACGUUUUGAAUCUGAAGAUAAGAGGACUAAGAAAAGGCCAGGCUAACCAUGACCAUCCUAUCCAUGGACAAUGCAAAAAUGGUGUGGAUUCUGCACAGGUUGGUCCUACAGUUACAUGGUACCUAGAUUCUAUAUACAGAACGAGCUUCUUAAGCCACAAUAAUGUUGAGUUACUCUAGAACAUCUUUGUAUUUUUGGACUGAGAGCCAAAGGCAGCUGUCCACCAUAGUUACUUUCACCUGUGAUGAAUAGAACGGCUUUAGAGAGGGAAAUAAUUCUGUGUUAUUGCAAAAUGGAGUUCCUCCCCAAGUAAUCCUCCCCAAAAUGGAUUGCUUCUCUUUGGACACGUUGAAAUCCUAAAGCCAGUGCUGAAAAAAAAAUGCAUAAAAUCUGUUUCUAAAAGACAGGCCUUCUAAAAACACAAUUCCCCAUACUUUGUGUAAAUUAGAUGCAAUUCUGCUGCCUGUU